CUGAGUGUCAGACAGUUGCUUCCAUGUUUUAGCACUGACAGCUUUUUCUGCAAAUUUCAAGUGGCAUAAAAAUCAGCAUCAACUAACUUUGAUUUAAGACCAAGUUCUUCAUGCACAGGAUUUUGCAGAAAUCUUACCAGUAAGAAGAGUGUCCAUGAUUGCAUAUACAGUUGUUUGACUGUGGAAAGUAACAUCACCUUUAACCGAAACAUAAGCAGACAAGUAACACCUGCUUGAUUUUUGACUCAUCGAGAAUUAAGAUGUUGAGGAUAUGUUCAGGCACUUUUCCACAUUUUUCAGAUAGAUCCCAUUAUCAUAGCUAUACUGGAAAAGCUUGGCAAAAGGUUGGACAACAAACCAAACUCAUCAGAUACAGAAAUUACAGAACAACCUGCAAUAUCUACUGAAGACACUUCCAACUCUUCAGGCUAUCAAAUGAAUCAUAAUUUACAUGAACAGAACCAAUUUGCUUUAAUAGCAUUGUACUCUAUUGUGUUUGUAGGAGGAGUUAUUGGAGCUAGUGUUAUGUUAUUUCGAAUUCUGAAGAAUGACAAGAAUUCAAAAUCAUUUAUCAUCAUCAAUCUAUUAGUAGCACAUGUGAUUUUUCUAAUAACUGUGCCAUUUCGUGUUUCUUACUAUGCAAUUAAAGAAUGGAAGUUUGGGUUAGUUUUCUGUAAGUUAGUCAGUGCUGUUAUACACAUUCACAUGUACUUAACCUUUGCAUUUUAUGUGAUCAUCGUCAUCAAUAGAUUUCAUAAUGUCUUUCAAAAGAGUGACAGACUAAAGGCUUACAAACCAUGGAACGUUUUAGUGUUCAGUGCAGUUGUAUGGCUUGUGGUGGCUGUGGUUAUUUCAAUAUUUCUAAUGAAUUAUGGCAGUUAUCUGGAAUAUGACAAAAAUCAGUGUUUUCACUUUGAAACUGAAAUUUCAUCACCAACUGUCAGGCUAACCAAUUACAUUUUAAUCAGCACAACAAUUUGUACAGUUAUCAUUUUGCUCAUCUGGCAGAUAGGUAUAAUGUUAAAUCUGGUUUUCAAGCAUGGCUCACAAACAUGUGCACAUCAAGUCUUUCGUGCCCAACUAAAGACAUUAACAUUUAUAUUGAUAAUGUUUGUGUUUUUUGUUCCAUAUCUUGGAUUCCGAGCAUAUUACAUCAAAGAAUCGAAGAAUUGCUCAUCAAUUAUAUAUUCACUUAACGAAGCAGGUUUAUCCAUUACUGGAAUGAGUUGUUUUGACUUGUUAAUUUUUUGGAUAUGGCAUUCCGUUUAAAACCUUACCAAGCAGCGAGGUACAAGCCCAUGGUGACUGUAAACUGUGUGUAGUUACUUGAUCAGUUUUUUUUUAGAGCAAGUUGAACAUCCCACACUUUGAAAUACCAAAUCAAAUGGAUUAGAACAGUAAAUUGCUACUUGAGGUAUAAAUUUGAUAUCAAGGACAAUUGAGAAUUAUAUAAUCAUAAAAGCAUGUCCAUUAUUCUAAAUCCAUGCAGCAACAUUUUUGUGAAAGAUAAAACAAGUUUUGAUGCACCCACUUAACUGUUAUUGAUGUGAUUUUUAACAUGGUUUCCUGUUCAAUCCUCUGAUGGAUAAGCUGAAUUUAAAUUCAAGACAGAACUCAUACAUUAUUUUUACAUUAUUACUGAGUUAUGCAAAGGCAUCCUGGGUGAAGAUGUGUUAGAUUUUCUCCAAAGAUACAUACAUUGUAAUGGAUUGUGAUGUAAAGCUUUCA